AAGAGCAAAGAACAACCGAUUGCUCCACAUAGCACAGAUUGUGUGGAAAAUUAAAUGUGACUACUGGAGCGAGGAGUGGAGAGCAACAGAAGUCGAGACCACACAAAAACAACAUGUCGUCCACAUCAGAGCGGAAACGCUACCACAAGGACAAUGCGCCCACCGACGACAUUCUGACGCUAAUCAAUCUGGUGCGCCAGAAUCCGGCACUGUACAAUUACAAACUGCAACCGAAUCAGCGGCGUCGCUCGGACAUCUUGAGCGGAUGGCAGGAGGUGGCCCAAAAGAUUGGUCAUAAAUACACUGUGCAGGAGGUGAGACGAAAGUGGAAGAACCUCAGGGAUACGUACCAUCAGUAUCGCCUACGCACACCCAAGUGCAUAGAGGGGCGUCUCUCCAAGUGGCGCUAUGCCAAGGAAUUGGAUUUCCUAUCGACCGUGUACCAGCCGAAACUGAAGUCGCAUCGCACCCAAAAUAACUAUGAGGCGAGCAGUGCCACAAGCACAACGCUGCCCAUCGGUUCCAUGCUGCAUCUGAAGGACCAGGGCGAUGACGAUGAUGAUGGGGACGAUGAUGGUCAGUCGGAUACGGCAAUUUCAUCGCAUCAUGAUGCCCAGAUCACCCUGGUUGGCGAUGAGGCCGAAACAUUCAUACUGACAGCCUAUGAGGAGGGCGUCUCGGACGAUACGGUGUCCCAGCAUCAUGAGCACCAUCAUCAUCAGCACCAUCAUCACCAGCAGCAGCAUCACCAUCAUCAUCAUCACCAGUCGCAGCACGAUGGCAGCAUCUCCAGCAUUGAGCUGUCCCAGAUCGCCCACGAUGACGAUGUUGUCGACGAUGUGGACGACGACGAUGAUGUGGUCGAUCACGACGGCCAUGUGGUGGACAUUGUCAAGCACGAGAUGGACGAGGAUGGGGCCACCGGCACCGAGGUGGACUACGAGGAGGUCUGCCUGUACGAGGAGGCCAGCGGUGCCCAUGUCGACUGCGAGAUGGGCGUCAGCGACGGUGUGGAUGGCAGCAACGAUGUGACCCACAGCAAGAGCUUCCAUUACAUCGAUGCCCAUGACUUUUGCAUAUCGGACAUUGAGCCGCAGCCGCACCAGCAGUCCGUCUCGGUUGCCGUCCGCUCCCACCAUCAUCAUCAGUAUACGGGCAGCUGUGUGAACGGGCCGACCACCAACAGUGUCCUUGGCGGCGCCGUUGUGUCCGACGGCAAGCUCAAGAAUCUCACGCUGGUCACCACCACCUCAGCAGCGGCAGCAGCCGCGGCGGCUGCGGCAGCCGUCUCGAGCCGUCACGAUCAGAGCAUUUCCACACAGCAAAUCUCUUUGGUGGAUGUCACAGAGGCAACCAGCACAAGCGUAACCAUUUCCAGCACACCGGCUGUGUCGCUAAAUGCCGCAGCGGUCACCACCUCGCCGGCAGCGUCAUCGGCGCUGUGCAACACCACAUCGUAUACCACGCCCACAGCCACCAUUCUUCAGUUGCCGCCGCUGACAUGCGGUGGAGCCGGUCUUAACGGUGGCGGGAAUGCUAGUGGAACCUGUCCACCGCUGGCGAUCAGUGCGGCCAGCAGCAGCACUCUGAUCAAGGAGGAGGACCAGCAUGCCUAUCAUGUGGCCCAGGCGCUGGCCAAGAGAGACGAGCUGGAUCUGUUCUUUGAUUUCCUUAAAAAGAAGAUGCAGUGCUUCACCAAGACCCAGGUGACACACAUACAGAUGGAGUUCUUGAAUUGUGUGGGCCGUCAGGAGGCGGCAGAGCAGGAUAGCAAAGACUAAGCAACUAAGAUAUAGAUGACACAAUCCCAUGUCCAUGCCCAUCCUACCCCCCCUUGCCCUUGCUUCCCUCUUGCUAAUAGUUGUACUCUCCAGUAGUAGUUGCUUAGUUUUAAUCAUUGUGUAUAGGCUUAGGAUCGUACCGUUUACCAGUUUGCAAGUUUAUUGCCAAACCUCGUGUGUGGAUUCCACACACCAGAGUUCUUCUAUCAAGUUUUCUCUUCAUUUUAGCUUUAGGAAUUUCCCCCAAAACACACAAACACACCAUACACACAUACAUACAUAUAUACUCUAUGUAAGAUUAACUCUAAGAAGAGUUAUAUAUAUAUAUAU